UUGAUGGAUAACGAAUUUUUUAAUCAUAAAAUUGCUAAAAUUUGAAUACUAGACUAUUUAAGUUAAUAAGAAAUUGAAAGUAUUUGGACAAAAUUUGCAGUAGACUUUGAAUUCCAAGUGAGAUUAGCUCAGUCUAGAUUCGUAAUGAGUGAAAACAAUAUGGCUUCCCCUAUGAAAGUAAACAAUGACUCUCAAGGUGAAAUCCAAAAUGACACUUUAGUUACUUGCUCUCAACCAGCUUCCACAAUCACUCCACAGCAAUCUAUUAGCAACAAGCGAUCACUCCCAGAUAGUCCCGAUAACCUCCCAGCGACACUUAAACAGAAAACAAGACAACUAAGGAGGCGAGGUAACUCGAUGGGUGACCUUACCGAGAUAGACAAUCCAAAAAAAGCUUCUUCAAUACGCAAGUCUGUAGCUGACAGAGUCCUUGAAGCCCUCAGCAGCCCAGAGGUACUAAAUACUAUCAUACCCAUUUUGUCAAAACAAAUUAGCGAUACAUUAGAGCCAAUUAUAGAAGCUGAAGUUAAAAAAUGUGUUGCCGAAGAAAUCCAACCACUAUUACAGAAACUAGAUUGUCAGUCUAGUAUAGUUGAAACACAAAAGCAACAGUUAAUUAAACAAUUCAUACAACUCUCGUCAUUGCAACGCACCACCCAAGACCAAAUCACAUCAAACAAUGAACGUGAAAAAGAAAUCAACUUUCUCUUUGAUAGGGUCGCUCUACUGGAAAACAGGCUUGAAAUUCAGGAACAGUACUCUAGAAGGACAAGCCUGCGUUUCAAUAAUGUUGCUAUUCCCGCAGACAGAAUUCAAGGAGCAAAAAUCGUCCAUCCAGUCGAUACUGAUAGCAUCAUCCUAGAUAUAUGUAACAACAAACUCGGACUCGACAUUGGUAUUCGAGACAUUGGACGAUCCCAUGUCAUCGGCAAGCUCAAACAAGGAAGGUCUCAAGUAAUUGUCCGAUUUAUUUCAUACAGAACUAGACAACUGGUAUACUCCAACAAAAAAGCUCUGAAAGGUGAUCCUAAUGGUACAUUUAUUACAGAAAACCUAACACAAUUCAGGACAAACCUCGUUAAACAGUUAGCAACGCUAAAGUACAACAACAAAAUCAAUGCCUGCUGGACCACAGACGGUCGGAUCUUUGUCAAAGUGAAUGCUAACAGUCAAAAGCGCAUUAUUAACAACCUCGAUGAUAUUAGUGAUCUCGAGUCAGAUAUCCAACAACUUGAAGAACGCACGAACACAACUAACUCUGAUUGAAUGUAGAAUACUAGGUUUCACCAUAUUUCAUAUUGAUAUAUAUAUAUAAUAAAGACUUAAUAUCUUUAAUUCUACUACAAUUGAAUAACUUUUUGAGAGUGUGUCAUAUGUGCUGAACAGUUAAUAACAAAAUAUUAUGUUUACAGAUUGUUUCUUUCCCAAAUAUGAAACUGUAUGAAAACCCCGCAUCCUACCAAAAGCAAUCAAAGUCAGUGAUCCUAUUAAAAAAAAUCUAUGUUCAUCCAUUAAAUGCAUUAACACAAUUUAUAGAGAGUAAAUUAAAGUCUCGGGUUUUUUGGUUUUUUUUAAAGGUUCAUUCAUUCUUAUUCUUAAACUUGAAAAACACUGAAGUAAAGAUUCAUUUGAAAGAAAAACCAAUUUAAAAAACAAAAAACAGUAGCUAGUACUGUUAGUUAAAUAAUACACAUUCCAACUUAAUAUGUGUGUAUAUUCUCGAUAUAUAGUUGUCGGAAUCCGUAAAACUUGUUCCAAUCUGUUGUUUUUUUUAAUUUUUAUUUGUUUUUGAUUUGUUUUUCUUUGGUCAGAAAGGAACAAAAACUAAAUCCAAAAGUGUCCCUAAAAUCAUAGCCUUUUUGUAACCUUAUAUUACACUUAUUUUGACCUUCACCACUGUAUUUAUUAUUUACAAUUGCAUGUUGUGUUUGUGUGUAUGUAUAUAUUAUGUUUAUUAGGUGCAUCUAAAAAUUGAACAAUUUUGUUAAUUUUAUUGCAGGCACUAACUUGACAGAGACCUAAUGAGAAUCUUUUUUUAAAAAUAAAUAAUUAUAGCCCAUUUCAUUAAAAGUUUUUAAAAAUACAUCGAUUGAACAUUUCCGUUUGCCGUAAAUUUUAUGUUUAUCUAUGAGUACAUACUCUAACCAGUCUACUGACCACAGGUGUCAACAAUAGAUAAUUGUGGUUAAGCUCGAGUAAUUUACCAUUUCGAAACCGUUAUACAUUGCCUUGAGAUUCACGAAUUAAUUGUAGUUCACCCACAAACAAAAUCUAACCGAACUACAUACAGAUGACCGCUUUAAACUAACAUAAUACCCUAUUAAAAAAUAUUAACUAUUUGAUAAGAAUAAGAAAAAAGUUAAACAUGUCGAGAAAUGGGGAAAUCGAAUAUUUCACUUAUUAAGUUUUUCAAGCAUUACAAUUCAUUGUUCAAUAGUUAGAUAAGCCUUUUGAAACAACUAUAAAUUGAACGGGAUUUUUGCUUGUCUGCAAAUUGUAUGUUGACGUUCUAACCUAUUGUGUAUCAUAUCAUAAUUUGUAAUCUAAUGUUUAUAGCCUGUCUAUAUAAGUUUUAACUCUAUUAAGCUAACAGCAUUUCUGGAAGUUUGUGAUAAUAGUCAUAACACAAAAACAUUUGUUUUGUCUAGCCAGGAUACAAACAAACAAAAACAAAAAUACCUAA